AUGGCAAACUUGAACACAUUUCUGCUGACAGGUGGCAAAGUGGGAUUUGACAAGCGAAUAUGGCGUGUGGUAGGCACGGAUGAAAUCGACAAGAUAGUACCCACUGUAUCAUCAUCAGCAGGAGCAGCAGCAGCAGAGGAGGGAGGAGCAGCAGGCAGCAGCACGGAGUUGAAUCUGGCGCUGACGAGUGGGGACGGGGAGGAGGGGUUCCCAGGGCGGGUGGAGGUCCGAGUGAGCUACAGGCUGGGUGAUGGGGAGAUGGUGGUGGUCAUGGCGGCACAUGCUGUUGACAGGGAUACUCCCAGGGGAUUGAUAUGCACUGGUACUGGAAUCUGGGCGGCCAUACCAGUGGAAACAGUGCAUGGCCACGUUGUGCGAGUCAACGCCUCCCACUACACGCCAAUCAAUGCCAACCACAUCCCCACAGGCGAAAUUUUGCCGGUAGCAGACACCCCCUUUGACUUCCUCUCGCGGGACUUCCCCAUUGGCGCACGCAUGGCUGACGUGGCAGGCGGGUACGAUCAUAACUACGUGCUGCACUGCACACACAGUUGGAGCGGGGAACAUCUACCGGCUGGGGGAGAGGCAGGAACGGAAGGAUCGGAAGGAGCAUUGGCGGGUGGGGCAACAAAUGAAGAUGAAGCAGUGGUGGCGGGCAGAAAUUGUUUCUGGCUGCCCGAGUGCGGCACCCGGAGACAGGCAUCCUCAUGA